UCACGUACCAACUUAACACCACUAAUACACUUCUAACCUAUUUCUCAAAUCCAAAAAAAAAGGAUUCAACCACACAAUCGAUACCUCUUCAUCAUCAACCUCAAACCUUGCAUAACCUUCAUUACCAUCACCUUCAUAAGGACUCAAUCACCUCUCAUAGAAUCUACAUACACGUUUCAACCAUAACAAAUAUCUUGAAGCAAACAAAACAACAACAACCUCCAUUGAAAUCAAAUCCAACAGGUAAAAAAAAUAAUAAUAAAAGGAAGAAGAGGAAUCGGAGAUCCGACAUCGCCACACAAGCUCUCAACCGACACGCACGUGACCGCUCAUCCGUGAAGAUCUCCACAUAGACCGUCGUAGACCAAUACACACGUACAGUAGAGGACAAUAGCAGGGAAAAGAAGAUGUGAUGAACAACACUGUGCAUCCACCGAUUCAACAAUAAAAACUCUACAGUACAAAAUUGUAUAUGUUUCUAACACUAACAAUUUGUAUUCCAAGUGUUGUUCUGUCACAGGGAAAGGAGAUCUGAACCGUAAAACCCACGCCGCGCGACACAGCCACCGUGGAAAUCAAGCCAGCUAGCCUUUGGAAAAAAUUUUCGCCAACCAUCGCAGAAAUCUCGUCGGAGCAACACCAACUCACGGCCGAAAUAGCUAUGCGGCGGUCUUCAGCCUUCCAACACCUUCGACGCACACCACUGCCGUCACUCACGCAAACAAUGUCGUGAAGAUCCACCCGCAGCUCCAUCGGCGACCAUCAUCCUCUUCGCUUCAAACCGCGCAUCUAAAUCCAUCACGGUACAAUACCCGUUCAUGAUUGUUGAUUUUGGUUCACAAAUAUUUAUGGUUAUUUUGGUGAAAGAGAGAAGAGAAUACGAAUGGGUUUCCUUUUGCUUACUGAUAUAAAGGUGUUGUGGUUUCUCUUUUAUUUUGUUAAAGUAAUUCAUGCCGCAUGUCAAUAUCUAAGUGGGGCUAUCGUUUGAUUGCAAGGGUCAAAUAUAUUUUAUUUUUCAGCUUAUCACGUACAGUAGAUGGGAGCGCGUGUUUUGCCCAUUAGGUUGUUGUCUUUGUUUUUAUUUUCAUCAUCAUAUGUUUUAUUGAUAAAUUUAGUCCUUAGUUAGUUGGUUUUUAAUUAAUUUAUAUUAUUAGGUUUAGUUAUUAAAUUAACUUAGAUAAUUUAAUUCUUUAUAAAAACUAAAAAAUACUAAAAACAUGCACGUUCAGUUUCAUGUAUUUCUUUUUUUUCAAUUAGAUAUUAUAUAUAAUCAUUAUGCUAAAGCACCAAAAACACAAAUGAUGUAGUUUAUCUUUUAAUUUUGUUUAAAGUUUAAUUAUUAUUAUUAUAAUUAUUUUUUUAUAUAUUUUGUUAAUCUUUCUAGCAUUUCUUCAUCUAUUUUUCGUACCCCCAUUUUUUGGUUUUUGCGAGGUACUGUCAUCAUCGUGAGCGUUGGACUGUUUUGCAUACAUUCAUAGCUUAUGUCUGCGCGGAUUAAUCCAACGUUUCAGAGCCUGCAGUCCCAUGGUGGACCUUCAAGAGUCGACCACACCUGAUAGAGCUAAGUGCUUUUUAAUUUUCCUUUUUUUAAUUACAUAAUGUUUUUAGGGAGUGCAACUUAUUAACUGAAUUAGCAUCACGUAAUCUUAUAAGAUAACAUAACUGAACAUAAUCACGUGAUUGGUGCACACACGCACACUUUUGGGUAAACCUCUCUUUUGCCUGUUACCUCAGCCAUGUUGCCUCGACUAAAGAUCAUGGUCCCUAAUGAUGUUGCCUUCGAUACACAUGAUCUCGACCCUCGAAAGUUGCCUUCGAAAAGGCUGAGGUAUCCUCUGGCUGCCUACAAAAAAGGCUAUUCUGAUCCUUCCCUUAGACUACCUGCCUCUCUAUGGCAUGGGUCAAUCUUAUGGCGAACGAUAAUACGAUGACCCGUUUACCUCCAAACGAAAGGCUUCCUGCCCUCUUAUGGCAAGGAUAGAUCCUUUCAUCCUGAAAGGCUAAAAGAAACCUAUCAUCUAAGUUUAAGGUAAUUGCCCCUAAUUGCUUUAACUUGCUCUAAACUUUUAUAUUCUUUCUCAUAAUCCUUCAAAAGGGCUACGCUCAUUUACGAGCUAAAGUCCAUAUCUUUUUCAUCUACAUUUCUAAAAAACAAAAGCGAGCAAAGCAAUUAAGAGCCCAUGGAAAACCAUGGAUGCAAAGGGUGCCUUACACCUUCCCUUUGCAUAAUUACCCCUCGAACCCGUUUUCUUUUAAAAAGGUUUUUUCUGUUUCUUUUAGCCUUUGUAACUUGUUUGAAUAAAAUAAAAGUCGGUGGCGACUCAUGCUUAACCGUGACAUUUUGAUUAUAAAAGUCAGUUCACCGUAUUACAGCAUGCAUGCAACCCUAGCUGACACCUAGUUCUGAUCUGCAUGCAUGUCACCAUGUCUUGUCACUGAAAGUUAGGCUGCAUGCAUGCCAACAAUUUCUGCACAAGCAGCACCUAGCAACUAUGGAAGUGUUGACAUGUCCAGCAUGCAACUUGUUACCGUUUUUGCCUCAAGAGUAUAUAAACCACUUAGGACUCUGUAGACUUCUCAUCACUUUCACUCAUCUACUCUCACAAUAAUCCUUUUGCCUACAACUUCCAAAUUUUCAUACUUCAACCAUGUCUCUCUUAACAAUGGGUGAUACACACCGAGGAACCCCCGAGAACAUCGCUACCUUUAACGCUCAACGUUUCCGGACUCGUAGUCACUCGACCAUCUCUCCGGACGACCGCAUAAGACCCUACUUUGACGUUGCUGGUUUCAGACCGAUUAGCACCAUCGCUGAGUCUUCUAUUGACCACAAAUUUGUUCUUGCAUUGCUAGAACGCUGGAGGCCAGAGACACACACCUUCCAUCUUCCAACAGGGGAGUGCACCAUCACCCUGGAGGAUGUUCAUAUGUUACUAGGCCUUCUAGUUGACGGUAAGGCAAUUAAUGGCUGUGUAAUGCAGGCAAAUUCCUUAUGCUUUCAGGCAAUUGGCAUAGGCUUGAUAGAGGGACAAGUUGGUGCUAGGGGACAAGGUAUUAACCUUAAGAGGUUAAGGCUUUAUUAUGAUCAGUUUUGGUUGGAUGAUGCGUCUCCCCAAGAGACCAUACUUCAGAAAACUAGGUGCUACCUACUCUUGCUAAUUGGAAACGUUUUGUUCCCAGAUAGCACUGGUAACACUGUUAAUUUUAUGUAUCUUCGUUUAUUAAUGGAUUUUACUAGAGUUGGUCUAUAUAGCUGGGGGUUUGCAGUGCUGGCUACGGUGUACCAAUCCCUGUGCAAGAACUCAAAAGCUGAUUCUUGCACAUUCUAUGGAUGCGCUCUGUUGGUGCAGGUGUGGGGGUGGUGGAGGAUGCCCAUACUGGCCCCGGUUAACAAUGAAAGUUGGACCUUUCCGUAUGCACUGAGAUUUUGCGUGAAAAAAAUGGACUUCACACUAAAUCCGCGGUCAAAUAUCACAAUGUACCGCACACUGAUUGAUCACCUAGGACCCCAUCAAUUCAUAUGUCGACCGUGUCUCGAAUGCGAGUAUGAGCCUAAAGCUCAGGAUGCAGAAAUUUGGACCACAAAGUGUUGCCUGAACCGGUACAACAUCAUCGAAAUGCAUCAUAGUGACCGGGUCAUGCUACAGUUCAGAAUGCGUCAACGUAUACCCGACCCUCUAGUUGACUUGGGAGUGUGGCACCUCAGAUGAGUUAACCAUCAAUGGACACACCAAAACUAGAAGGAUUUUGCACCCGAUCACCGCCAGAUGUGGAAGGACCGUCGCCAAUAUGUCCUCAACUUCCCCGUUAGUGACCAUGAGAUGAAACCGUCCGCCGAGUACAUGAGUUGGUAUCGUACAGUUACAUCCCCUAACUUGUUUAUUGCAGCUCCGUUCUAUUUAAUUGAUCCCCGUGCUCACAACUACAUCUUACCCCCACAACAACCUGAAGAGGAACAACAACAAUAACAACAACAACUACUACUACUACUACUACUACUACUACUACUACUACGGCAACAACAACGACAACAACAACGCCUACAACAACGCCAACAACUACAGCAACAACAACUACAACAACAACAACUGCAGCAGCAACAACAAAAUCUUUUCAGUACUCCAUCCCGUUCCGCCCGCAACUACCGACAACCAAAUAUGUUCCAAUCACAGUCUCAACCUUUACAAGAAUCUGAAGACCACCAUCAUUCCGCGGGCCAAUAUCAGACUUAAUCACAACCAUUUGGAUUUGCAGCGUUUGCAGGGUCCACAAGGUCUUUCGGCCAAAACUUUACGCCCGGUUCGUCAAGCCUACAUCUAAGUCCCGACGAUGGUCCUCAUGGUGAAUCCUCUCACCGUGGCACCCCCUCCGGUUGUGCAACACCGUCGAACCAAUUCGGAUUUAAUCAAGGUAGUUCUAGUGCUGCUGGAUGCUACGAACCUGAAGUCUUUUCCCAACCCACUCCACCACCACGACUUAACACGUUUGAGGGGAUGGGUAACCGACUUUACAAUAGCCGUUUUCCGGAAAAUUAUGGGGGCGUAGACGAAUUCAUAGACAGCGACCCACGAGACAUCCCACUUCCAGGCCCAGUGACACAGACCCAGCAAGAAGCACAAAGGGGCAGGGUUAGGGGUAGAGCAAGGGAAAGGGGUGGUGCCAAUCUUCGCGGAGGGAUCAACGAUCGCGGUAAACGUGUGAUAACAAGAUCAGGGUGCGGAACAGAUGGCUAUCUUGGUGAUGGACGCCAUUGGGCAUUUUGUUGUGUUUUCUUUAAUCAAUUGUGUCGAUGUAUCGUUUCUCUAAUCAUUUGUAAUCGAUGUUUUGUUUCUUUAAUCUACUGUAACCGAUGUUUCGUUUUCGAUUAUCAAAUGACAAUUUACGUUUUGUGCACUACAUUUUUAAGACUAAAAAAUUUUUUGAAAAUUUAUAUAUAUAUAUAUAUAUAUAUAUAUAUAUAUAUAUAUAUAUAUAUAACUUAACUAAUAAAAAAAUUGGAAUAUUAAAAAUAUAUAUAUUAACAUAACUUAACUAUAAAAAAAAUUAAAAAAAAAGUAAAUAAAAAAAAGAAAGAUGGGCUCGUUUUCUUUAUGUGUGAAAAUGUCUCUAUAAAAGCCUCACUAUAGCUAGAACAAUUUUCAGCAAACAUUGAGAAAUUCAUUUUAAUAAGUAAGAUGGGCUCGUUUUCUUUAUUGUGUAUAUUUGUUUUAAUAAUCGUUAUGGCUAAUAGUCAUAUAACAAAGGCUCAAGAUCAAGCUCUAGCUCAUAUUUUCGUCCUCAAUCUCGUUUUUGUUUCAUCCUCUUCAUUUACGUGAGUCCUUAGAUAGAAAAUUGGGGCUUUGUAUGUUGGGCAUAAUUGGGGUUUAGGGAUAGUGAGAGAUAAUGCAUGAAUAUUUGUUGCUAACAUGCUUUAAGUGUUAACUACUAGUUGUUUAUGUUAAUUAUUGGUUAGAUAUGUUCCUAAUUCGUGCAUACAGGUGAGAAGAAGAGGUUAGGAUACCCCAUGGCAGAACUGAUGCGUUCUGCAUUUUUCUGCAACAGUGAUGGUUCGCUAAGCGGACUACGGUUGCUUAGCGGAUGCUGUUGAUGAAUUUUCAGAACUCGUGAGUCCGCUAAGCGUACUAAGGUCGAUUAGCGGCUGUAGCUUGGAAAUUAAAUUUUAUCGUGAGCCCACUAAGAGGACAAUGGUCGCUUAGCGGAUGUUGUUUGAUGCAGAAAUUUUGUUUCUCCCCUUAAGUGCAGUUUUGGUUUCAUAAUCGGAACCAGACUCCUCCCCGACUACUAGUGCAUACCUAUAGGUCGCAUGUACUCUAUUUAUGGCAUGUAUUCUCUUAAUUUAUUUCAAUUACCUAUGUAUGCGUAUUAUGCAUAAUAUUGAGAAAUGGUAAUUCAAUUAUUCGUGAAUACUUAUUUAUGCAUAUGAAUGAAAUACAAUUUUAUGUGAUAAAUCAUGAUUAAUUGCUAAUGCCCGUUGUUUCGGUUAAACAUUCGGGAUUGUUGCAUUGUGUGUUCCGAUGAUUGUUAUGCGUGUGGUAUGCUAGAAUCGAAGUAGGAAAACUACUAGGUGAUAAGGCGCCAUUGUUGAUGGACUAGUUUCCAAAGUUACCAUUGUGAUGUGUUCAUGAGAGUCUAUAUGGCACGUCUCACUUGCAGAACACAUCGGUGUUCUUUGUAUGACGAACACACCUUAGCUACUAUUGCAGUGUGCUUGUGAGAGUCUUUACGGCGUGUCUCACUUGCAAAACACACUUGGCGUGAUUUGUAUGGUGGAGUAGUGAUGCACUUAGGAGAUAUCACCUGGAUAACUCACCUCUAGUGGUGCCAUGUAGGCUACAUCACUAGGCUCCUACCUAGAUGGGCUUGUGCAGUCAAUUAGGCGUCUUCGCACUUGCGGAAACCAUAUUGCGUAUGGAUGUUAACGGGGUUGUGACGCCACAUAGGCAGUUUCUUCGCUAUAACUCGUCACAGAUGAAAUUCCAUGAAGGACUCAUCCGCUUCAUCUAGCGAUGGUCUUGUGCGAGCCUUUUUGACGAUAGACACUUGGUGACUCACCGAGGGUGUGUGGUGCAGCCUAGGUAGACCGGUUGUUACUACUUCUGGAUUCCCCGUACAUGGAUAUGGGUUUGCAUAUGUGUUUGUGGUUGUAACUCGGUGAAUUGAAUUUUUAUAUUUAAGCAAACAAAUGUUGUGGUGAGCAAGAGUCGCCACCGACUUUUAUUUUAUCCAAUAAGAAAGGCUAAAAGAACAGAAAAAGACCUUUUAAAAGAUUUUGAGUUCGGGGAGUAAAUUAUACAAAGGGAAAGUUUAAAGCACCCUUUGUAUCCAUGGUUAUCCAUGGGCUCUUAAUUGCUUAGCUCACUUUGUUUUCAAAAAUGUUUGAAAUGUAAUGUGUGAAUAGAAAAAGAUUCGUUAAGAACUUUAGCUUGUAAAUAAGCGUAGCCUUGUUUUGAAUAAAUUUGAAAAUAAGUGGAAAAAAAUAUUUUGAAUUUGGAAUUUAAAUUUGAAAAAGAGCAAGCAAUUCAAAAGCAAUUACCCUUAAGUUAGAUUUUUUGUUCUUUUAGACUUUAAUGUGAAAAGGCUAUCCAUACUAUAAAGAGGGCAGGUAGUCCUUUCAUUGGAUUUGAAAAGGGUCAUCGAAAUUAUCGUUCGCCACAAGACUGUCCCUACCAUAAAGAGGGUAGGUAGUCUAAGGGAAGGAUAUAAUAAUCAUUAAUCUUUUUAGGCAUCAUGCGAUGAUACCUUAGCAAUUGGGACAAUCAUCAUGUUUUACCGAGGCAACAUCGAGGGACAAAAUCUUAUGAUGAUUUCAAUGAAUUAAGGCAGCAUUUGCUUUAGGUAUCCUCGGAAUCGAGGGACUUGACUAUUUUUCACAAAUAAAGGCAACAAACAACAGUAAUAAGGCAACAAGGCAACAAGAGGGAUUACCCUAAAGGUGUGUGUGUGUGUGGCACAAUCAGGUGGUUCAAUUCAGUUACUUUAUAUUAUAAUUAGUGAUGCUAAUUCAGUUCAAGGCUUGCACUCCCUAAUAUUACUAACCACGCAGUUUAAAAAUACAGAAGUUAAAGGUAGAAAAAUAAAAGUCCUACGCUAUUACAAUAAACACAUGUGGGCAGAAAAAAAUAAUAGCGGAAAUAUAAAUCUAAACUAUUACAAUAAACACCUGCAGGGAAAAUAGAGGCAAAAUAUAGAAGGAAUAUAAUAAGCCAUUACAAGGAUUUGGGGCAAAUACAAAAUAGAGGAAGAAUUGAGCGCGAAAAUAAAACCUUACAAAUCAUAAGGUAACAGAUCAAAAAUUAAAAGGGUUAGGAAAAGGAAAAACAGUGAUUAAUAGUCAUGGUGAAAAAUAGUUAGCCAAAAAUAAAAUCAUGGUUUGAAAACCUAAAAAUUAAAUUAGCCUAAAAUUCUAAUUCGAUUAAAUUAAAUUAAUCCUAAAUAAAUUUUCCUAACAAUUAAUCAAACUAACCUAAAAAACCAAUUAAUUAAAAAUCCUAAAUUAAAUUAAAUUAUCUAAUUACCCUAAAUUAAGCUUACUAAUUAAUUAUGAUAUUAUUAUUGAAAAGAUUAAUGGAAGAAAUUUGAUCCUAAGUUUAAAGCUAAUUGCUAGGUUAAUGGAUUAGUUAUAUAAAAAAGGAAAAAGAAAAGCAAUAAUAAUUUUUUAAAGGAAAAAAAUAAAAGAAUCAGAAGAAAAACCAGGUUAAAGGCGUUGGAUCUGGUGUGCCAUGUCUGUGAGUGUCCAUGGUGAGACUUCUUGUUGGACGAGUUGGAUUGAGUCUUGAGAGCAUCUGAGGGUUGCGAUGUGAGGAUACACUGUGGUCAUGGAUGGGGCCGUAGCGCAGGAUCUGUAAGUAAUGUCAUCAAUUAAAAAAAAAUUAAAGGGAAACGUGAAAAGCUGGAAUCGAACCCUCCCCCCUUAGAGUCACAUGUUCCUAAGUCUGACCACCUGAGCUGGAUUUAUUCACUGGCAUAGAAACAAACAACAAACAAUAAAUAUGUUAAGCAAAUUCCAUUGGAGAAUUUUUGAAUGAGUCAAACCAGGGGCCCACGCGCCAUGAGCCAGCCAAUCAGAGGUGGAAAGAGGAAAAUAAUCAUUUGACCAGCCAACGAAAAACUGCCACGCGUGGAGAGGAAGUUUGAAGUGUUGACCGACCAGCAACAAAUUGCCACGCGUAUGGUUUAUGGCCCGAGGACUGUUCAUCGUCACCUUCCUUGUCUCCUGCGGAAUUCCUUGCGAUUUUUCCCAUGGAAUUACCUGCGGAUUUUUCCGCAGGUACACCUUCUUCUUGCUAGUGAUCCCAAACUGUCCAUGAACGACACUGUAUGCUUCCAAACAUUGCCCAGAUCAUUAAAUGAGGAUGUUUCGAGCAUGAUAGCGUCUUGGGUUUGAUCUAAAAGCCCAUGCAUGAAGAGAUUCGAAGGGAUGGAAUCUCUUGCCCUAACAAUGGCACUUCAUGAUCCAAGCUCCCAAGCUUCGCUGCGAGGGUUCAAUCUUGAUCUAACCAUCACCAGGAACUUGCACAUAUGGUUAGCUCACAUUUAAACACGUUAAACAUUGAGAUAUAAAAUAAAGAACACACAUGAAUAUGAAGAAUGCAUGGUAUGAAUUCUGAGCGUGCACAAGCAUGUCUAAUGAUUUGAACGUACCUUUACUUACCUCAGGAGCAGAAUGGGACGAGUGAGAAGCUUUAAAACUGACUGGAAACAAAGAAUGAUCGUGCCCUAGUUUUGUAAAAAAUUUCUUCUUUGAAACCCUAUUCCUUGGUUGCCAAAAUCCUCUAAUUUUCGUCCCCUUAAGAUUGGUGAGUGUUCUCCUUAUAUAGAGGAAUGGAAUUAGGUCAAAAUAUUUGAGAGAAUCACAUAAAAUCAUGUGUUUUUAUGGUGAGAAAUUUGAUUGAAAUUUGAUUGAAAAUUUUUAUUUUUAUAUCAAUUUUAAUCCAAUAUUUUCCAACCCUCUUGUCACAAAAUUUGCAUCAAAUUUGGCCCUCUUGAUUGCUUAGAAUUGACUAAAAAUCAAAUCUUUCAUUAAAACUAAUUUUCCAUAUUUUAUAAUGAUUUAUUUGCAUUUAAAUGAAUUAAAAUUCAAAUAAACAAAAUAAAUAUUAUAAAAAUAAAGUAAUUAGUUUAAGGAUGUUCAUAAAUCCUAUGGACAUGUUUGGGACCCAUGUUUUAGGCCCAUUUGUCCAAAAACACAAAAAUAUGCAAUUAGGGUUUUAUAUUUUUCUUGAAAGUUGACCAACUACUGAGCCUCGUAUCUCUUUCAAUUUUUAUCAUAUGACCAUGUUCUAAGACUUUUUGGAAAUCCCAAGAUGUCUUCUAUAAUCCACUUUGGAACAUAUUUUUCAUUUGGAUAUUUUAUCUUGAUAAUAUGGCUCCUGACAAAAAAACAGUUUUUUGCGAUCUUCUAGAAGGAAGUGUAUUGUAUUGGCUCAUAUCUCUUAUGCGGAAGCAUUUCUUGACCUUGAUCCCAACAUCAAAGUUGUAGAGAAUUUAAUUUCCUUGAGAAUGGGCUUUGGUUGAGGAAUGUUUGAUAAAGUAUGAGAGAGAUAUGAUCAGUCAAAGUUGGGUUGACUUUUAGUUCAAAACCCUAAAUUAGUAACUUGGACAUUUGUUAAUUUCUGAGCUUUCCUUGAUGAAUCAUGAUCAAUCCUUGAUCAAAUGAUGAAUGUAACUUCAACACAUUGAUGUUGACCAAAAAUCAGGGGUUUUGACUGUGAUUUGUGUUAGACAAUAGGAAUGGUCUAUAAGGGGGUAAAUAGACCACCUUUUUUCGACUUAAGAAAAUUUUUAGCUUUUGAAACGUGACUUCCCUGAAUCACUUAAUUGUUUCCGAGCGAUCGCGUCAUCGGGGACCAGAUACGUGCACUAAACCGAAUAGAUGAAAAACGGCGAAUAAUGAAUUAUGUUUUAACGAAUUUAUCAAUUACGUCAAUUACACACUUGAUAGUAUAUUACUCACAAUGAACGUUUAACACUAAAAUUUGAAAUAAUUUGAUUGAGGAAUUUUAUCGAACACUUGGUGAUCGAUAUUUACCAAACCUUAAUUUUUGUUCAACAAUGGAAAUAUAAAAAAACGAAUAGAAACAAGAUAGAAGUAAGAACGAUAAGGAACACGAGAUUUGUUAAGGCAGUUCCUCUAUCGUCCUCGUAGGAGUACGUCUGCCCCUAAUUUCAAAUGAAAUUAGGAAAGUUUUAUUUGAUUGCAAAAUGUUUAACAAGGAUAGAAUUUACCAAUCACCAACUACACACAUGCAGUAAAAUUGAGAACAAUUCGAUCCUCCCCUUGAUUCAAAUUGAAUCAAGUCAAUGUCAAUGAUCUUCACCGAUCAAGACCCCGAUCGUUCCUUUUUCAAUCCUCCGGUUGUAGCAAAGUUGUUGAGCGGAUCUUCAAUCCCUCAAUCCCUUAUGCACGGCUGAAUUGAUUACCAAAGCGAAUCGAUCGUCAAAAACCUUCGUACCAAAUCUUUGAUGAAGAAGGAAAAACCCUAAGGUUUUAUACAAGAAACACCCUCAACAAUCUUCACUCGAACAAGACAAAUGUCUAUUGUCGAAUCUCGAACAAGACAAAUGUCUACCGUCGAACCUUAUCAACACACGUUCCUUACUCCGAUCGAAAACGAUGAUUAUGUGUGAUUUUCGAUCAAUAAACAAAAGGUUGAAGAUGAGAAGAAGCUUGAGUAUAUCUUUCACGUUUCUUGUUAAAAUGCUUGAGAAUGAUCAAUUGGAUAUUUAUACUACACUCUUUGCAUAGGCUAAUUAGAACACAUCAAAAACUAUUAUAAGAAGCGAUAGGUCGACCUGCUGCCCUGCAUAGGUCGACCUAUUAAGAAUUUUGCACCUGAAAAUAAACUAAGUGUGACAUUUGCGUCGACCUGAAGGGUCGGCGUGCGCAUACCCGUGAAUUCCUCAAAAUGCCAUGCGUCGACCUGAGCCAUCAAUGCGUCGACGCAUUUUGUUCGUACACUAAAUCCUUGAGUCACCAAGAUUUGAUGCGUCGACUUGAAGGGUCGGCGUGCGCAUACCCGGUAUUUCUCCAAAAUACCAUGCGUCGACCUGAGGAGGCAAUGCGUCGAUGCAUUCAGACUUUACAUGAAAUCCUUCAUAAAAUGCUUGUAGUAGGUCGACCUAUAGUAUUUGUGAGUCGACCUAUUAGUGUCUUGUAGCCAAAAGUGCUUGUCUUUGUUGAAUCCCUUUGAUUUCUAUGAUUCCAUUCUAAUUGUAGUUAAUUCACAAUGUUUUGACAUCAUGAAAACUACACCAUUGCCCUCACAAUUUGACCAUAGAUGACUUUCAGGUCAAACUGGUCGACUGUUGACCAUUUGAACUGUUGACUGAGCAAUCUUAUGAAUCAUAGUUUGAAACUUGGCAUGAGUAUACUAUGAGGCAUAUGAGAGACCAUGAAGUCCACCUGAAAUAUUAGAAGUUGAUUUUACUUGGAGAGAAACAAAACCCUAGUUGUGGGUUGUUGUUUAGGGGAGAGACUGCAUGCUUCCUUCUUGUGUAUCUUCGAGCAUUUGAAAGUCAGAUGGACUGAAAUAUGAGUAAAUAUGAUGGGCAAAUUUUGGGGUAUGACAGUGGUACUAUUUGUGUACUUGUGAUAUGAUGACUCCUAUGGUGGACAAUUCUUGUGCUUGCUCCGUACUUGUACCAGAUGUGAGGAUAACUCCGAAUCAACGGUGGAUUUGGUUUUGUUAAGCAUGUACCUUUUAGAUUCUAGCGGACCUAUAGGAAUGGCGGACUCACUGAGAUUUAGUAAUCUCAUCCCAUUCCAAUUCUAUCUUUUUCAGGUAGUUCGAGAAAAGAUUGUGGUAAGGACAAGAUGGAUUAGUCCUUUAACGACUCUUAGUUGGAUGUUUAUCUUUUAUUCUAUCUUCGUGCCUUCUUAGUACUUCUACUUUGGAUAUUGUACUAGAAUGAUGUAUUAUUUUGGCCAUGAUACAUUCGGCUUUUGUAUCUUGUACUGAUGAAGUACUUCCAUUUUCCGCUGCGAUGUUAUGUAUUGUUGUCUCUAUGUACCAUUAUUAAUACUUUAUGCAUAUUAUUCUAGACAUAUAUGUGUAGGGCCGGCUCUGGGCCAGGGCAAGUAGGCCCACAGCCCAGGGCCUCAACAAAAUGGGGUUGUAGGUAAAAAAUAAUAAUGCUAAAAUAUUAAAUUAUAUAUAUUUUAGUGAAAAUUAUAUACGACAUGUUGCUUGGCCCAGCGGAUUCACCAAUGCUAUGUGAGCGUGGAGUCUUCAGUUUGAGACUCUGCAGUUUUUUUUAGUUGAAUAUUAUUUUACCUUAGUGGCAUAACUAUAGUAAAUAAACAUGGCAAUUAAAACCUCCCAUUGCUUAUUUUUUUACCUUAGUGACAUAACUACCGUAAAUAAACAUGGCAAUUAAAACCAUCUUUUUAAAAAGAUAAAUUUAAUUAAUUUUGCCAAUUUUGUAUUCGUUGGAAUUCUUAUAAUUUUUUUAAAUUUAUUUUAAUAUAAAUUUAAAAAUUAUUUAUAUAUUAUAAUUAAAUUUUUAAACUAAAAAUCAACCCAAAGAACCAACCUAAAUCCAACGAAAAAACCGUUUUACAAGCGCCCUCCAACCAAAGUAAAUGUUCAACAGUCGAAGUGCUCGUACCAACAAUAGGCAACCGAAGCCACAAACACAAACGGUUCCACCAAAGAGAAGUUAUCCUACACAAUAAAAAGAGAUGCUCUAAAUCUUCCUCAACUUCCAAACACAACGGACAAAAUACCAUGCCAUUGAUAUCGAGAACACCUCGCUUUACCAAUUCCAACUUCGUGGGAAGUCUAUUCCAAAUUAAUCUCCACCCAAAAAGAUGAAUCUUACUAGGCACUUUCGUUUUCCAUAAGCGGGAAAAAGCCAACAACAAAGAAGAUGAAGAAGAAGAGGAAUUCCCAACGGGUACCGAAGGUAAAAACAACACUAACGAAUUAUAAGCAUUACUAACCGAAAAACCGGAAACAUCCCGCCACCACACAAAUCCAUCCACUUCUUCACCAAGAGGAGACACCGGAAGAAUAAUAGAUAAUAAAUAAUCCCGUUGGGCCGCGGCUGCCCCGUGAAGAGAAAAACCCGGAAAAAACGGCUUCCACAUCCACAAAGCACCAUUCCAAUCGCCUAGCUCCGCCACUUUGCAAUGAAUAUCAUCCACCAAACAAAAUAUAUCCGGAAAAAGAAUGCUAAAAGGAGUAUUUCCCAGCCAAGGAUCAAGCCAAAAUUCAAAAAAAUUACCCGCUCCAAGUUUGUAAGAAAUUGAGUCUUUGAACCAAUUUGAUGAAUUGUUGGAAGGAAGCGCUCCUAUGGUACAAAGAUCCCUCCACCAUAGAGAAACCUUACUCCUAGAAUUAAAGGAAGGUUCUCUAAGCAUUGAUCUUUUAAUGUCUCCAUACCUACAAGAAAGAAAGUUAGUCCAUAAAGAGUUUUCAUCCUUCAAGAUCCGCCACUUCCACUUGCUCAAUAAAGCCAUAUUAAAUCUCCCACAAUGUUUCACCCCAAGCCCCCCUUUUAACUUCGGUUGGCACACCUUAUCCCAACUAAUCUUCUUCUUAUCCUCACAACUCCCCCAAAGGAAGGAACAUUGAAUGGAGAUAAUAUCUUUGAUAAUAGAAAUCGGAGCCUUAUAAAACGAGAACAAAAAAAUCGGAAUGCUAGACAAAAUAGAAUUCAACAAAACCACUCUCCCUCCAAUAGAAAGGUGUUUGUGAUGCCACCCUCCAAGUUUUCUUUUAAGCUUAGAAACAAUAGGUCUCCAAACCGCACACCUCCUCGGAUUCACCCCUACCGGUAUACCAAGAAAAACAGAGGCCGAGGAGCCAAUGUCGCAACAAAGAAAGGAUGACGCCGCUUGAAUAAACUCCGGUUCAAGAUUAACCCCAAAAAGCCUACUCUUAAAUAAGUUAACUUUGAGGCCCGACGCAAGCUCAAACCCUCUAAGAAUAGCUUUAAAGGUCCACAAAUUAUUCCAAGAAGCCUCUCCAAUUAGAACGGUAUCAUUGAAGUAUUGAAUAUUAACGGAAAAAUAAAGUUUAUUGAUCAAAAUAUUGAAUAUUAACGGAAACAUGAAGUUAAUAAUCAAAAUAUUAAUUAUCAACAGGAAUAUGAAGUUAUUGAUUAAUUUAUCAAAAUAAUAAAUAUUAACACAAAUAUGAAAUUAAUUGUGAAAAUAUUUUUCUAUUAUUGUGUUUAAUAGACUUUGCAUUAACUCACAUAAUACAAGAGAAAUCCAAGAAAUGUGGUAGGAUAUUUUCAAUUGAUAAAUAUACAUGUUAAUAUCGACAUAUUAAUAAUUAUAAUGGUAUAAAUCAAAUAUAUUCAUACUAAUUCUAAAACACAAUUCAUUAACGAAGAGAGUCAAAACCAAAAUGAUCAAUACCCGGACCAAAUUGGAUCCACUCCCCAAAAGCCGACGUAUAUGUUUGGAUUCUUCUUAUCAGUAUAUUUUAGAUUUUCACUAGAUUGCUACUGGUAGGGCAUCACUUAAUCAAUCGCGAACGCCUUAAAGAGUUAAACAAACUCAAUUAUUUGACGCAUGUCAUUUACCUCUUUAAUUUUUCUAGUACACUUUCCCAUGUGCUAUAUAUUAAUAAUUGAAUAGAGAUUCACCAAACUGGACCAGCAUAAUAAUUAGCCCUUAACAAUUUCACUC